UUUCGCCAUCUCCCUCUCUUCCUGUAAUCUUCCCUCAUUCCCUUUCUUCACUCAACGGGCUGCGCAGCCUUCAAUUAAACCAAGGGGCAACCCAUAACCAAAAUCCUGCACUUUUUUCUUUUCUCUCAUGGCCUCUUUCUCCGCUUCAAAGUCUUUUCUGCUUUCAAAGAUUUCGACUGCUCCUGUUUCCAUUUUAAGUUUUCUUUUUUAAAGGGUGGGGUUGUGAUUUUCGCUUGGUUCUGUGCUGACUAAUUCUUGUUUCUAUUCUGGUUAAUGCCGUCUGAGUCCUCCUUUUCGAGCCUAUUAACUCUCUGCUUGAGGCCUUCAAAGCUAAAGCUGGAAGGCAUACUAGUUAGUUUAUUGGCUUGGAUUUUGGUUCCAAAACCCGAAUUCUCUCCUUUAUAUACCUUGUUUUGUGCGGUUAUCUUUUCUUGACAACCUGUUUUAGUUUUCUUUUUCCCUGAUAGAGGACAGGAUCUUUCAGUAGUUUUAUCAACUGAGCAUUGUCCAAUUCCGUCGUUUUUGGGGUCUAAGGCGUUCGAUUACUUUUCAGUGUUUACACAGCUGGGUCUAUAGCGGGCUAUUCAAACAUCAAAAUCUUAAAACUGGGCAGUUUCAACUAAUGUGAGAAAAGGGAGUCAAGUUGACUCCUUUGAGGUCUCUCUGAAAUCAAAAUGUCUGAGAAUAAUUAUAGUUUUGUGGGCUGGGAGGAGCACAUUAUAUGCCAAGAGCGCGGUAAUCGUGUAGUUCACUUCUACUUGAAGGAAGCGUCGGGGCUUUUAGUGCUUGCAGUUGUAGGUACAGAGAGGAGCAUAAGGCAUAUGAUGUAUGUUGUUUCCGGUGAGUUCUUGCAGGCUUAUGGCUCCCAUGGGUUCAUCAAUGCCAGUCCUAAAUGGCGAGCAAGGCGGGAAGUUGUUGAAUGGUUGCAAUCAUUGGUCUCAAUGAAUGGGCCCCUGCCAGAUUUGCAGAUGGAUGAUUCUAUAAGAGGCUUUGGAUCUUUUGAAGUAUCAAUGACUGGGCCUCUUGGUUGUCGAACCUGUUUACCACAUCAUAUGGUUGGUAGGAAACUGAAAGCGCAAAAUUCUGACAUUGAGUGGUCUGGCAUUGCUUGGAUUUGUGCAAAACAGCUGAAACACUAUUCAUCUUUUUGCAGGAAUGGGACCACCAUAGCUGUUCACUCUUUUGUUUUUAUAAUGGCUGAAGAAGAAAAUCCCUACCUAGGAUACUUGGAAGAUAUGUAUGAAGAUAAAAAGGGCCAGAAGAAGGUGAAAGUGCGGUGGUUUCAUCACAAUCGAGAAGUCAAUGGUGUAAUUCCUCAGCUGAAUCCUCAUCCUAGAGAAGUCUUCAUCACACCUAAUGUUCAAGUUAUCAGUGCAGAGUGUGUCGAUGGUCUUGCAACAGUCCUGACUCCUGUACAUUAUGAGAAAUGUGUGGCCGUUGUCCCUCAGACUUCACAAUUGGCUGUCCAUAUGUGCUUUAGGCAGCUUAAGAAUAACAAGGUCAAGCCCUUCACUCUUACCAAAUUACGGGGAUACUCUAAUCAAACAAUUCUCUCUUCUUUAGGUGAGCCAGUUGUCCCUAAGCAAAAGGGCAAGAACCGUAAUUCUCAUGAGGAAGAUAAAAGAGCACUGACAUUUGAUGAUUCUGUAAGGGUAACUGCUAAGAGAAAUAGAAGUUGUGAGGGGCAAGCUGGACUUGAAAGUGUUUCUGGUGGCAGAAAUUCAGUCUCAGUCCCUGCAUAUGAGAUUAUGAAAUAUGAACCAAUAUAUCCAAAGUUCAAAUUAAGGUUUUCAAGGAAAACAAUGGGUAUUGUGUCACAGCCCCAACAUCCGCUGUCUUUCAAGGUGGAUGAGAAAAUAGAGCUGCUUUCUCAUGAUAGUGGCAUUCGAGGCUGUUGGUUUAGGUGCAAGGUCUUGAAAUCAUCUCAGAUGCAUUUGAAAGUUCAGUAUGAUGAUGUGCAGGAUGCUGAUGGGUCUGGUAAUCUAGAGGAAUGGAUCCCUGCCUCCAGAGUUGCAACACCUGAUAAACUUGGUAUGAGAUGUCCAGGCCGCUUGACAAUCCGGCCGUGCCCUCCCAAGGAUACUACUACAGCUUUUAAAAUUGAGAUUGGAGCAGCAAUUGACUUGUGGUGGAGUGAUGGAUGGUGGGAAGGUGUCACAACUAGAAUUGGCAUCUGCGGUGAUGAUGAUCUGCAAGUUUACCUCCCUGGUGAAGACAAGUUUCUGACUGUGCAGAGGGAGAAUACCAGAAUUUCCAAAGAUUGGGUUGAUAACAGAUGGAUCGAUAUAAAUGGGAGGCCAGACAUACUAUCGUAUCUAUCUUCAAAUAUCAGUCCUAGCAUGAAGCCUUCAAUGUGCUCGGCUAUGGUGGAAGCAUCUGGCUGUGGUAGCAUCGCAUCAAUGGAGCACAAGGUCCUCACCACCUCAAAACUUGAAGCUGUUAAGGAAGAUGAACAGGAAUUACCCGGGCCAGCCACAUGUGAUGAUUCAGAAGACAUGAAUGCAAUGAGAUUGGAAAAGAGACGUCAUGACAAUGAUAAAGAUGAAAGUAAUGAAAGAGGAGGGGCUGCUUAUGUUGAGGGGAAAGAAGAGUUUGAUAAUGAAGGCAAUGGUGGUAACAGGAGUGAGUCAUAUUUGGAGGAAGAGUUGGACUGUGCCAACAAGAGAUGCCAAACUGUGGAGUGAGUGGCUGGUUUGGUCAACAUGGAGGUUCGACUUGGAGAGCGGGUGAGUGUCGAAGGUGGUUCUAGGGGUUGCUGUGAAUAAUAGGUAUAGGUACAUGUGAAGGAUGAUUUGGCAUAUGUUUUUAGUAUUUUUUGGGAUAAUAACAAUGGUAUAGAAAAACAGUUAGAAUUUAAUGGCUCAAAAUCAGGUCAAAAUAUGUUAGGUUAAAGAGUUAAUAUAAUCCGUUUAAGGUCGGUGUAGCUUCGUUCAUUAUUAGGGAUCAAUUACAGGUAUAGUUACAACUGUAAAGGUUCACCCCAAGACUACUUCGCCGGACCAAAUAGAAAUAUUUUUUUUUUGAAGAUUAAAUAUGUGGUGUAUUUAUAUAAAAAAGAAAAUAUUGGUCGGUAAAGAUCAAAUCC